GAGGAAUUGAGUAUUUACAUCGAGGAUGUGAUAUGCAAAUUCUACACUUUGAUAUCAAACCUCACAAUAUCCUUCUUGAUGAAAAUUUUAAUCCAAAGAUUUCGGAUUUCGGAUUAGCUAAGUUGUAUCCAUUAGAUAAUAGUAUUGUGUCUCUGACAAAUGCAAGAGGAACAUUUGGAUACAUGGCUCCUGAAUUCUUGUACAAGAACAUUGGAGGAAUAUCACACAAAGCUGAUGUUUAUAGUUUUGGGAUGCUACUGAUGGAAAUGGCUGGCAGAAGGAAGAACUCAAAUGUCAUUGAGCAUUCCUGGCAGACCUAUUUUGCUAAAUGGGUUUAUGAUCAAUUUGAGGAAUCAAUAGAGGGGAGCAAUAUCUCAGAUGAGGAAAGAGGAAUUGCAAAGAAGAUGAUCAUAAUAGCUUCACAUUGCAUACAGAUGUAUCCUAAUGAUCGACCCUCGAUGAAGAAUGUGUUAGAGAUGCUUGAGGGAGAAAUGGAGCUUCAAGAGGCUCUUCCUCCCUAAAUUU